AUGUGGAUAUUUGGUUACGGUUCGCUACUGUGGUAUACAGAUUUCCCAUACCGGAGGAUUGUUCCUGGCGUUGUACGAGGUUAUUCACGCCGAUUUUGGCAGCUCAGUCCCGAUCACAGAGGCACAGCGAGCAGUCCUGGUCGUACAGUAACAUUAGUAGCAGAAGAAAAUGGUUCGUGUUGGGGUUUAGCUUACGAAGUUGCUGAGGAGCAAGCAUCGGAUACAAUCAAAUAUUUAGAUUUACGAGAAAAGGCUGGCUAUUUGAGAAAAGAAGUGAUGUUUUAUCCCGACAAUGGUGAUCCCUUUUUUCCAAUAAAUGUUUAUUUGGCUGCUGAGGAUAAGAAUCCCUAUUUCACGGGUCCUACCGACGAGAAAAGCAUCGUAUGCACCAUACUUAAAGCUCAUGGACUUAGUGGAACGAACAUUGAAUAUGUCUUACGAUUAGCGGAAUGCGUGCAUCGAAUGGCACCGCAUAUUAACGAUGAACAUUUGUUUACGAUUGAAAGAAAAGUAUUAGAGGGAUGUCGUCAGUUAAACAUUCAGGACGAUUACUUGACUAAAUAUCUAAAUCAAAAACAUCCAACUGAAUCGUCUACUAAACUAUAA